AUGGAGGCGGCACCGCGCCACGACGACGCCGACGACGCGGGUGAGGUGGCGCGCGCCUUCGAGGGCUGCCCCUCGGAGACUGCCGAGGCCGGGCGAGCGGGCGUGGGGCUGCUGGACGUGGACAUCUGCGGACCCAGCAUCCCGCUCCUCCUGGGCGUCACCGCGGGCCAGGUGGUGAGCUCCCAGUACGGAUGGAACCCCGUCAAGAACAAGGACGGGGUGGCGGUGAUGUCGGUGCAGUUCCUCCUCAACCACCCGGAUGCGCCCGACGUGUUCUGGGGGCGCCUCGACGUGCUCAUCAUCGACACGCCGCCCGGCACCUCCGAUGAACACCUCACGGUGCUCGCCGCCCUCAAGGCCACACAGGACGCGCGCCCCGACGGAGCGGUGAUCGUAACGACCCCGCAGGAGGUCUCUCUCCUCACCAUCCGCAAGGAGUUGAAGUUUUGCAAGAAGAUGGGCCUUCCGGUGCUGGGCCUGGUGGAGAACAUGAGCGGGUUCGUGUGUCCGUGCUGCAACGAGGUCACGGAGAUCUUCAAGACGGGCGGCGGAGAGGCCCUGGCGCGCGAGUACGGGGUGCCCCUGCUCGGCCGCGUGCCCAUCGACCCGCGGGUCAGCCAGUGCGGCGAGAGCGGGACCUCCAUCCUCGACCACCCCGACGCGCCCGCCACGCCCGCAUUCGCCACCAUCGCCGCCGCCCUCCUCUCCUGA